AUGGCUACUCCACCCAAACUACCUGAAAUCCUCGUCAUCGGUGGCACAGGGGCCCAAGGAAAGCCUGUGGUAGAAGCCCUCGCCAACAGCGGUCGAUACGCAGUCCGCCUCUUAACCCGCAACCCACAAUCCGGUCGCGCCCAAGAACUCAGCGCCCUUCCAAAUGUGACUCUACAGCAAGGCAGCGUGACCAGCCAGGAAGCCCUUCACGCUGCUUUCCGUGGCGUUUACGGAGCAUGGGUCAACAUCGAUGGCUUCACUCUGGGCGAGAAGAACGAAUUAUUCUAUGCGAUGCGGGCGUACGAAAUUGCCAUUUCCGAGGGCGUGACGCAUUAUGUGUGGGCGAAUAUCGAUUAUGCGUUGCGCAAGGCUGGGUGGGAUGAAAAGUAUCACUACGGGCAUGGUGAUGCAAAGGGGAGAGUUGGCGACUUUAUUCUGGCGCAGGGGCAGAAUCGUAUUAAAAGUACCCUAUUUACUACGGGACCGUACAUGGAAAUGCUUUUCGAUGGCAUGUUUGUACCCCAAGAACGCAGUGAUGGAACUAUUGUCUGGGCGAAUCCGGCCAGUAAUGGAAAGAUACCGCUGAUUUCUCUCCUCGACGUCGGAGAAUACGUGCUGUGGAUCUUCGACAAUAUCAAACGGUCUGCCGGCAUGGAUCUCGAAGUGGCUACCGACCAAGUCUCGUUCAAGGACAUUGCCGAGAUUUUCACCAAAGUCACCGGAAAGCCAGCUAUCCAUGUGCCCUUACCCAUAGACGAAUACAUGGCCAAAGCAGAGCCCUACCCAAACGCACCGGUCAACUACCUGGGGGGCAAAAACAAAAUCGACGAUGAAUCCAACAUGACCUGGCGCGAGAAUUUUACCGCGUGGUGGCGAUACUGGUCUGAAGGCAUCGCUGCGACGAGAGAUUUUGAGCUGUUGACUGAGAUUUUUCCGGGUAGGAUAAAGAGUCUGGAGGAGUGGAUGUACAAGGUGAAUUAUCAGGGCAGGCCAAAGCCGGUCUUGAAGAAUUUGGAAGAUCUACGAUCCGAGCAGUCCGGCGCAGAACAUCCGAGUCACGGUCAUUGA